CCACGAAGUUUAUAAUAUAUGAGACGAGUAUCACGUGAAUAAAUUACAAUUAAAAGAAUUUAAAAAUAAACUUAUAAAAAAUAUCCAUAUCAAUAUGGUCUAACCAAUGAUAGGACAAAAAACUUACGGCUAAGAUCUAAUUCAAAUUUUUAAUCAUUAUUAUGAAAUAAUUACAUGAAGGAUAAUGUUUAAAUAUUUUGGAAGUGUCUAGAUAAUAUCUAAAACAUAUUAGUUUUUCAAUAUGUUAGGGACAUAUUAUCUAAGAAAGUAUAAAAUCAUGAUACUUUUGAGUAUUCUGUUUUUCUAUCUAGGUUGUGGUAUAACUCUAAGUUUUAUACGAAUGGAUUGCGUUGCUGCUUCACAACAAUUAGCAAAAAAAUCAACAAGUAAAUUUGACAAAAUAGAGUAUGCAGUGUUGGUAUUAAGUGGUCCAGAAUAUGAAGCAAAGAGAGAUGCUAUUAGGGCUACAUGGGCUAACUUUGUGUGCAAUAUUUUUAUUGAAAAUGAGGUUAAGUUGUAUAAAUGGAAUCAUACAUGGGUUGGAUAUACUCCUCGACAAGAUUUUAUCAAAGUGUUCUUUGUUGUGGGGACUCGUGGUUUGAGUGGAGUAAAGUUGGAAAGAUUAAAAGCUGAACACAUGAGAUCAGAUGAUUUACUUCUUUUAGAUAAUUUGGAAGAUAACUAUAAAAACCUUGCUGUAAAAUUAAAAUAUUCCCUGCAAUGGGUACAGGCUCAUUUAAACAGUCUUAAGUAUUUAAUUAAAUGUGAUGAUGAUUCUUUCCUUAGGAUUGAUAUGAUUGUUAAAAAUUUGGAAGCAUUUGCUCCUAACAUGAAUGACCCAGAUAUACAUAAACAUAUUACCAAAAAGCAUUCAUCAAAUGAGUAUAAAGGAUUAUACUGGGGUUAUUUUGAUGGACGUGCCAGAGUGUACCUUAAUGGGAAAUGGGAAGAAAAAGACUGGUUUCUCUGUGAUACCUACCUCCCUUAUGCACUGGGAGGUGGGUAUAUUAUAUCCCAAAGUAUUGUGGAUUAUAUAGCUAGGAAUGCUGACUUUUUAAGUCAUUACAAUUCGGAAGAUGUGUCAAUGGGUGUCUGGACAGCAGCCCUUGAAGGCAUCAACAGAGUACACGAUAUACGCUUUGAUACCCAAUGGAAGUCCAGAGGCUGCGAAAAUAAUAUGCUUGUGCGGCACAAGCAGACACCCACCGACAUGUUUCAAAUGUAUAGGACGCUGGUCCAUUCACAUGGUGAAAAAUUGUGUAAGACUGAAAAUACUUUAAGGAAAUAUUACUUUUAUGACUGGAAUGUUUUACCGAGUAUGUGUUGUAAAUGAUUUGGGAUCGGAAUGAUACUAAAUAAAAGUGCCUUUAUAUGGCGCUAAGCACUAUAUAUUUCAAAUUUACCAAUGCAGUACUUCUAUAUUACCAACAAAUUCGGACAGGAUAGAAGCACAGUUCGCAGGUCUGAAGUUUGGCUUCAGUCUUGCCCUAUGGCGGUGUGGCUGUCGCGCCAACGAAUUCAGACGUAUGUCUAAUUGAAAAGUAAGCUAUACGAAGAAGAGAGAGAGAGACGUUCACGCAGUGUAUUCUCCAAGAGCAAGAGAGACAGAGAACCGCCAACUACGAACUAAACGGGCGGCAACGUCUGCGCUUCUGAACCACGUCUGAAUUCGUUGAUAUUUCCCUCGUAUAUUUUAAUUAUGGAAUACACAGUUUAUUUUUUAUUGUGACAAAUCGGUAGAUGUAAACUGUCAAAGUCAGAUCUUUGGACAGUUAAGGAAAGCCACUCUGCCAUAUGUCAAUCCAAUUCGUUUUGACAUAACAUAUGAAACUCAUUGCUUGAGACAAAUUGACGUAUCGAGAAAUCCACCAAAGCUAAACGAAUUUGUAUAGAAAUGAUAUUUGAACAUUACAUACAAAUCUCUAUGGCGAUCGAAAUUGAUUUAAUCUGUAGCGCCAGGAUUGACAUUUCAUAAUGUGUGUCACACUCGUAAAUCAAUUUGUAGUAGGUUUAUACAAAAACCUGUCAAAGAUCAGAAGUACUGUCUUUAGCGUUUUUCUAAGGGUUAAAGAGUGAUAUUAUAGCGGAAAGUUCUUACCUUUUUUUACGUUUAAAAAAUUUGAAGUUUGAUUUUAAUUAUAAGUGCUUAGCUAUCCCUAUUCCAAGUUGUUUGUAAUUUGAUAAUUACUUAAUAAUUGAGAUGAUAUAAGUUUACUAUUGAUCUAAGUAGCCAAUUGUUUAGUUGUUUAGUUGCAGUCUUGAUGGAUGGUCCUAGAUAGUGGCGAAGCCACCUUGGGUGGCACCCCAUCGGAAAUGAAAAGAAAUAAUUUUUAUAUGAUAAAGGGAUGGAGCAUUCCUUAAAAUAUCGCGGGUAUGGGACGGGGAAUCCCCCACGACA